AUGAAGAGCUACGUGGGCAUGAUCCUGGUGCUGAGUGCCCUGGUGGCCACCUCCUUGGGUGCUUCUAUAGACAUGCCCGAGAUCCACAAUCAGAAUCAGCUGGUGGGAGGAUCUGUAAGCGCGGUAAAGGCCCGCGACGGAAAUAUCAUCGAUCCCAAUGCGAUGGCCAAGGGAAAGUCGGGACCCGAGGAGGAGAAGACCGCCCAGUUCUGGUAUGACCUGGCCCACGAGGAGAUCGCCAAGCGGCUGGAGCUGCCGCAGCUGGACAAAAGGAGGGCCAAGAACGUGAUCCUGUUCCUGGGCGACGGCAUGUCCCUGUCCACGGUGGCGGCCGCCCGCAUCCACAAGGGCCAGUUAAAGGGCAAUCCCGGCGAGGAGGAUUCCCUGAGCUUCGAAAAGUUCCCCUACACCGGCUUGAGCAGGACCUACUGCUCCAAUGCCCAGGUGCCCGACUCCGCCUGCACCGCCACCGCCUACUUGUGCGGUGUGAAGACCAACAUCGUGGCCCUGGGAAUCACGGCGGCCGUGAACUUCAACAACUGCAGCGGCAGCGAGGAUCCGGCCAACCGGCUGGAGUCCAUCGCCUCCUGGUCGCAGGCUGCCGGCAAGGCCACUGGAUUCGUGACCACCACCACGCUGACCCACGCCAGUCCGUCGGGAUCCUAUGCGAAGACCACCAACCGGUUCUUCGAGAGCGACACGGACAUCGUGACCUACGGCGAGGGGGAGAACGAUCCGGCCACCUGCACGGACAUCGCCACCCAGCUGAUCACCCAGUCGCCCGGCAAGAACUUCGAUGUGAUGCUGGGCGGCGGCAUUGGCAAGUUCCUGCCCAACACCAUCACGGAUCCGUUCAACAAGAAGGGGGAGCGCUCCGACGGAGUGAACCUGCUGUCCCGCUGGCAGGGACUGCAUCCCGGCGGAGUGUUGGCCUACAACCGCGACCAGCUGCUGAGCGUGAAUGCCUCGAGGAUCACGAACCUGAUCGGUACCUUCCGGUCGGGUGUGAUGAACUACCACAAGAAGGCCGACGCCAAGGAGGAGCCCACCCUGGCGGAGAUGACGCGCAAGGCCAUCGAGGUGGUCAGCAAGAACGAGGAGGGCUACUUCCUGUUCGUUGAAGGCGGGCUGAUCGACUACGGCAACCACUACAACUCCCCGACGUACUCGCUGGACGAGACGCUGCAGUUCGAGCAGGCGGUGCAGGAGGCCCUGGGCAUUACGGAUCCCGAGGAGACCCUGAUUGUGGUCACCUCCGACCACGCCCACCCGCUGACCAUCGCUGGCUAUCCCGGCAGGGGCACCCCCAUCCUGGGCCUCAACCAGAACGACGCCGAUGUGAACGGCAUCAAGUACGCCACACUGAACUACGCCGUGGGCACGGAGCAGUACCUGGACGAACACGGCCAGCGCAUCGAUCUCUCCGAUAAAAUUGGAGCGGAAGACUUUACGCAUCCCAGCUACAUCCAUGGCAACAUAGGCGUCCACGCUGGCGAGGAUGUGGGCAUCUUUGCCACUGGCCCCCAAAGUCACCUCUUCAGUGGAAUGAUGCAGCAGAGCACCAUUCCCCACAUUUUGGCCUAUGCCUUGUGCGUUGGCGAUGGACCCACUAUAUGUGACAACGAUGAAGACUAGAAUUGCAAAGAUUUAUUUCAAUUAAAUAUAGAG